UCUUGGAUGGCCUUUGAUCAAUCAGGCUCCCAGAGUGAAUGGCCAGAGCCUAACCAAGCCACCGCAUCAUGGUAUUUGCUUUUUAAACAUGCUCGCCAGUUUACUGGUUCGAUUAAAGCCACACUGAACGCUAACUUGACUCAACACAUCGACCCAUCUCAACCCCGCCGCUGUCGUGGAAAAUCACAAAGUUCCCGCACGCUACCUACUUUGUUAACCUCCAUUUUCCAACGAAAGUUUCCUCCCCUAGAGGAUUGUCAGAGAUUAAAGAAUGUCGACUAGUGGUCGAGGAUCUCGUGGACGAGGAUUCUACCGUGGCGGCGGUGGAGAUGGUCGUGGUGCUCCCGGUGGCGGCCGCGGCCGCGGAGGGCCUGGAGGUGGAUCCUAUGGAGGUCGUGGAGAUGGUGGAGGCUUCGGUGGAGGCUUCGCUGGACGCGGCGGCCGAGGAGGGUCCACUGGAGUUCAGAUAUUCUCCUCGCAGGACGGAAGCAUCCCUCCUCCUAGUGCAGCCGUGGCCAGAUUGGAAGACGCCCUCCAGGCUGGCAAGGGGGCGCUGAAUCUGAGUGCGCUCAGCUUGGGACAUGUCUUUCCACAGCGGCCGGGAUACGGCACCAGAGGCAACCCCGUAACACUAUGGGCCAACUAUGUCGAGAUUGCCGCAUCCCCGACCCUGAACCUCUACCGAUACGACCUGUCCGUCACCCCAACCGUGGCUGGCAGAAAAUUAACCCAGGUCAUCCGGCUGCUGCUGCAAGCACCGGAACUGGCAGGGCUACAACAGGACAUUGUGUCGGAUUUCAAGGCAACUCUUCUGUCCCGGCACAGGUUGUCCGGGGACAUGAGCAUCCCAGUUCGUUAUCGAGCUGAGGGCCAAGAUGAGCCCCGGGACAACGCCACGGAGUAUAACGUGCGAAUCAGCUACACGAAUACCCUGACUGUUGCGGAGCUAACCGAGUAUCUGACAUCAACUGAUCUGACAGCACACUACGACAACAAGCUUCCCAUGAUCCAGGCUUUCAAUAUUUUCCUCAACCACUACUCCAAGUCGACCGGAACUAUUGUCACGAUUGGCUCAAGCAAGACUUUCUCACUAAGCCAGGGCUCCGCCACGUGGGACCUUGGCGGUGGACUGACGGCCAUACGAGGGUUUUUCGCCAGUGUUCGAGCCGCGACUUGUCGGAUCUUGGUCAACGUCAACGUCAGCCACGGCGCUUUCUACAGCGACGGACCACUGGAUCAGCUGAUCUUGCGAUUUGAUGCUCAGCUGAGAAGCAAGACCAGGAUUGAGGCGUUUCUCAAGAAGGUGAGGGUCCGGACUACCCACCUUGCCGAAAGGAGAAACAAGAAUGGCGAGGUUAUCCUCAAAGUCAAGACCAUCUUCGGCGUCGCCACAGCCAAUGACGGCCAGGGGCUCGCUCACCCACCAAGGGUGAGCCAGUUUGGGGCAGGUCCUAAACAUGUUGAGUUCUGGCUGGAUAGUCCGGCUCAAUCCGGCUCGUCGUCGACGACGACGGAGAAGGCGAGCGGAGGGAAGAAGAAAAAGGGCGCCAAGGCGGCGGCUGGGCCCGGCAAUCGACCCGGGGCGUCAGGAAGCGGGAGAUACAUCAGUGUCUACGAUUUCUUCUUGAACACGUAUGGCAGACGGAUCGCCAAUCCUGAUAUUCCAGUCGUCAAUGUCGGGACGAGAGAGAAUCCGACAUACCUCCCCCCGGAGGUCUGCAUUGUCCUGCAAGGACAGAACGCCACUUCGAAGCUCAGCCCUGGUCAGACACAACAGAUGAUACGGUUUGCGGUUCGCAAGCCGUGUGAGAAUGCGACGUCAAUCGUUCGCGAGGGAUUAGGAACAGCCGGCCUCAAUCCGCAGACGAACGUCCUUUUGGGCCGGUUUGGCAUAUCCACCUCGCCGGGCUUGAUCACAGUCCCUGGACGCGUUCUUGCGGAGCCAAAGGUUGUCUACAAACAGAACAAGGCCGCCCAGGUUCGCUUCGGCAGCUGGAACAUGGUUGACAUCAAGUUCAACACUGCCGGGAGCCUGAGGAAAUGGUCGUACCUACUUAUCUCGCUGCCGGGUUACCAAGAUGCAUUCGACUCGGCAGGUCUUUUUGCAGUCGUUCGGACGUUCGGGAACACACUGAGCGCAGCCGGAAUCACGGUGGAUCCCCCCAGUGCCGGACGCAGGCUAGUCCUGAACAGCCCAGACGACGCGCAGCUGGACCAGCUCCUCGAAACUGCAGCCAAGGCCCUCGAUCUACUCCUCAUAGUCCUACCAGACAGCAACAUUCCGCUGUACAACCGGAUCAAGCGGUGCGGCGAUGUCAGAUACGGUAUCCACACCGUCUGCGCCGUUGGCCACAAGCUUGCCAAGGAGAGGGGACAAGACCAAUACUUGGCCAACGUUGCCUUGAAGUUCAACCUGAAGCUCGGCGGGACCAACCAAAUGGUCGACAGCUCUCGGCUCGGCAUCAUCAAUGAGGACAAGACCAUGAUCGUUGGGAUCGACGUGACCCAUCCGUCUCCUGGCUCGAGCCAUCAUGCGCCGAGCGUCGCUGGGAUGGUUGCCAGCGUGGACAGAUGGCUGGGACAGUGGCCCGCCGUGCUGCGGAUCCAGUCGGAGGCGCGCCAGGAAAUGGUGUCGGACCUGACAGACAUGUUCAAGUCACGACUGCGACUCUGGCAAGACGUUGGGAAGCACAAGGCUCUACCCGAGAACAUCCUUGUGUAUCGCGAUGGAGUCUCAGAGGGUCAGUACCAGAAGGUCAUGGACGAAGAAGUACUACUCCUGCGCAGAGCAUGUAAGGAAACGUACCCGCCCGCCGACCAGAAGAAGGAUCUUCCGCGAUUCACUGUCAUCAUCGUCGGCAAGCGCCAUCACACCCGCUUCUACCCGACUCGAGAAGCCGACGCAGACCGCUCGUCGAACCCAAAGGCCGGCACUGUAGUCGAUCGAGGCGUGACGGAGGCACGCAACUGGGAUUUCUUCCUCCAGUCACACACAGCCAUCCAGGGCACGGCCCGACCCGCACACUACUUCGUGGUGCUCGACGAGAUAUUCCGCAACCGCUACAAGACCGUCCCCCCGCCGUUCCGGAAUGUUGCUGAUCUGAUCGAGGACCUGACGCAGAGCUUGUGCUACACCUACGGGCGCGCCACGAAGGCCGUCAGCAUAUGCACGCCUGCGUACUACGCUGACAUUGUGUGCGAGCGAGCAAGGUGCUAUCUGAGCAGCGUGUAUGACACCCCGCCGCACUCGGCCACACCUUCAGUGGCUGGUAGUGCCCAGGGGCCUGUGCGAGGCGAGGAGUUGCAGGUUCAUCCGAAACUGAGAGACAGCAUGUUUUACAUUUGAGGACGGCCUACAGAAAACGUGCUAAAAUGUGGUUAGACAGAGAUCGAAGUGAUGGUGGGCGAAUAGGAGAAGAGGAGCAAAAUUGGUAACAUGCGUGGAAUUUAGUUAUGUCUAAUGAAUGAUUUGACGGCACACAGUGUCAUGACAAAGGUGCAAGACGCCAAC